AUGCUGAACAGGAUCCUGGACUUCCAGGACCGAUCUGUUGGGCUCGUCCUCUUGGGGUGCGGGCUUAUGUUCAGCGCUCUUGGCCUAGUGUUACUGCUGGACCGGGGCUUCCUUGCAUUAGGUAACCUGGUAUCAACAGCGGGCGUCAUAAUCUUUUUGAGUCCUUCCAGGUUUUAUAAGCUCUUCUUGCGCGGGUCAUCCUUGAUCGCGACGUCACUAUAUAUGCUCGGGUUGAUUCUUGUUUUGUCACGCUACGUUGUAGUGGGCGGCGUGGUUCAGAUGUUGGGCUUUUUGCUUUUGUUCAAGCCGUUUAUGGCCAUCUUUGGAUUUUUGCUCAAAGGGCUUCCGCUUGUUGGGGGAAUGGUAGCGGAUACGGCCUCCUCUUAG